AUGCCCAGCAACAAGCCCAAACGCCCACAGUCCACAUACCCAGAUGAUACCCAUGCCUCCUCUCCGUCCACUUCAUCUUCACUCUCAUCCUGGGUCGAAGUAGAGUCCAAUCCAGAAUCAGCCCUAUCCCUAGAAACGGCCUCCAUCUCCUCCAUCCCCAGUGACACCUCCUCCUCCUCCUCCUCCUCCUCAUCUUCCGGCUGGAUUACCGACGACGACGACGAGCCCCUAGAGACAAACCCCGUACAUGAUUACUUCACCAACGCCCUCUCCCAACAAGCCCUCACCUCCCAACUCCAAUCUCUCUCCACAUCUUCCUCCUCAUCCUCCCCCUCAACCCCAACUCCUCCCCCCUCCCCAUCAACAGCAGCCCAGCCAUACGACACAUACACCCCCCUAACCACAACCACCUCCCUCCUCCAGCCACCUCACCAAACCCCCCACGAAAUCUCCCGAAAACGCACCCAAUUCUUCCUCCGCCUCCGCGCCUUCUACCAAGGCCUCCUCCCCGACGACCCCUUCCACGAAUUCCUCGCCAUAUCAACAUCCCGCUUCGGCGCCAUCCUGCCCCCAGACAUAUAUCUCGCAUCAGGCCCCCCCUUCCCGCCCACGUCCACCCGCGGCACCAUCCGCCUGCAAUUCAUCCGCGCAACUCUCAGCAUGCCUCUCUCCGCACCAUUGUCCCAGGUCGAAGGCUUCAUCGGCAGGAACCCCUCCGUCGUGAGCCAUCUGUGCUUCAACAUCCAGCCGUUCUCCAAUGUAGUUUUCAAGCCGCAGACUCAUCAUGGUCACCAGAUCUAUGUGUCGGGACGGGAUGCGCUGGAGUGUAACGCGCGGUUGUUGAGGGCGUUGAAGGAGAUUGCCUGGGAGGAUGAGAGCGCGGACUGGGUUGUGGGCCUUGCGAGGACGGAGGAUGCGAGGAGGCUUUCUGCGUUGU